AUGUUCAAGAAAUCGGCCGAGUCUCCAAAGAAGGAGCCUGUCAAGCAAAUUCCUAUAGCGCGGUCUUCACGAGAAGAACGAACUUCUUCACCGAGAGCAGCUAGUGCUGUUCCUAUCAAGCAAGCCGCUCCACCGAAGCCAGUCGUGCAGCCAACAAGACAAUUCAUCCUUCGACAGCUACCAAUUGAGGCUCAAAAAAAGUCUCAAGCAGCUCCAGCACAACCAUCAAAACAGAGCCGAGUUGAUGAGGACGAAGUUGAUGUGGAGAUACCACAGCAGGUUAGAGUAGCGUUGAUGAAGUUUGGAGCGUUCACCCAGAUCGCUGGGCUCGCGAUUCAGCAGAGUUUGUCGUACCUGCUAUACCGCGAAUGA